CAGGCUGGGCGAGCUUUGCUGUUUCUGGUUGACAGAGUUUGGCCCCACUAUUUUGUUUGUUUUGACGUCCAGCCCGAUGUUAUCGUUUAUUUUUCCCCACCGUGAGUCACAAGUACAUUUAUUUUUGUUGUUUUUGUUUCAGAGCUACUCGAAGAAUUUUCAGUUUUAUUUAUUCUGACCUGGAAGAACUUUGUGGCCUGGUUCACUAUUAAUCAUGGGCUUUGAUGUCAAAAGGCUGGAUAUUUACCGCAAGGUGCCGAAGGACCUGACACAGCCAACUGUUUCGGGCGCCAUCAUUUCUGUCUGCUGCUGCAGCUUCAUGUUCCUGCUGCUGGUUUCUGAGCUCUGGAAUUUCAUUUCUCCAGAUAUCGUGUCUGACCUGUUGGUGGACAACCCCGGCAACCAGUCGGGCAGGAUCGCGGUCCACCUGGAGAUCUCGCUUCCCCGCCUGCAGUGUCAGUAUGUCGGCCUGGAUAUCCAGGAUGACCAGGGCAGGCACGAGGUCGGAAUGGUGGAGAACACCAAGAAAACGCCCGUCUUGUCCGGGGCCGGGUGUCUGAUGGUGGCCGACUUCCAGAUCAACAAAGUGCCAGGUAACUUCCACGUGUCGACGCACUCGUCGCGCCAGAAGCCGGCCGAGGCGGACUUCGCGCACGUAGUGCACGAGCUGCGCUUCGGCCGGCGCGUGUCGGCCGACCGGCUGCCGAUGGCCAGCUUCAGCCCGCUGUCCGAGCGGCACGCGCUCGACUCGCCCGCCUCUGCGUCGCACGACUACAUCAUGAAGGUGGUGCCGACCGUAUACGUGGACCUGAGCGGCGUCGAGCUGGUAUCCUAUCAGUACACCUACGUUUCCCGGGCGCGCUCGCAGCUGGGUCGGGCGCCGGCCAUCUGGUUCAAGUACGACCUGAACCCGAUCACAGUGCGCUACCACGAGCGUCGGCCGCCCGUCUACACCUUCAUCACGACUGUGUGCGCCAUCGUGGGCGGCACGUUCACCGUGGCCGGCAUCGUCGACUCCGCCGUCUUCACCGCCUCCGAGAUGUUCAAGAAGUUCGAGUUGGGCAAGCUGACGUAACGCUCUGGACGGGGCCGGACCGGUUCAGCGGCGCCGGCUAGGCAGAGCAGGGGCAGCGCCGACCGGUGGAACGCCGGCUAGGCGGAGGGACGGGCCGUGCAGCGGAGAGGGGAGAG